AUGGUUGAAAGCAUGUCAGCUAGAGUUGGCCGUGCUCUGGCCAGAGCCCUGGGCAUCGACUUGACCCCAGACACUUACCCUGCCUUGAGCGAUGAAUUCAAAUCCUAUGCCUAUAUCGAGCCUGAGCCGACGGCAGCUGACUGGAUUCGUGCCCAUAUGCCAACGAGCCCGCAAGUCCGUCGCUAUCUAUACGACCUCUUCCCUUUCCUCCACUGGAUCAUGUAUUACAAUCUACAGUGGUUUAUCGGAGAUCUGAUUGCUGGGGUGACGGUCGGUGUAGUUGUCAUUCCUCAGGGAAUGGCAUACGCUGAACUGGCCCAACUGCCGCCGGAGUAUGGACUGUAUUCAUCCUUCAUGGGUGUCCUGAUCUACUGGUUUUUUGCAACUUCCAAAGACAUCACAAUUGGACCCGUGGCUGUCAUGUCUACUCUAGUCGGCACGAUCAUCAUCAACACCCGAGAGAAGCACCCCGAAUUGGAUGCCUCGAUCAUUGCCUCGGCCCUUGCAAUUAUUUGCGGCGCAAUUGUGACGGUUCUCGGCUUCCUCCGCCUCGGAUUCAUUGUCGACUUCAUUCCUCUCCCAGCGAUCACGGCAUUCAUGACCGGAUCGGCAAUCAAUGUGUGCGCUGGCCAAGUCAAGACGGUCCUCGGAGAAGCAGCAAAUUUCUCGACUCGAGGCGCCACCUAUCAGGUUAUCAUCGACACGCUGAAAUAUCUGCCAACAUCACAGAUGGAUGCUGCAAUGGGUCUUACGGCUCUCGCAAUGUUAUACGGGAUUCGUUCAGCAUGCAAUUACGGAGCGAGGAAAAUGCCUCAUAAGGCAAAGCUUUUCUUUUUCCUUUCGACCUUACGCACUGCUUUUGUUAUCUUAUUCUACACCAUGGUCAGCGCUGCAGUGAAUCUCCACCGUCAUGAUAACCCUGCUUUCAAGAUGCUUGGUGACGUCCCUCGGGGUUUCCAGCAUGCAAAAGUCCCUAAGCUUAACGCGGAAAUUAUCAACUCAUUUGCUAGCGAACUCCCUGCUGCAGUGAUCGUUCUACUUAUAGAGCAUAUUGCUAUUUCCAAGUCAUUUGGUCGAGUUAACAACUACAUUAUUAAUUCGUCGCAGGAAUUCAUUGCCAUUGGAAUUUCCAAUUUGUUGGGACCAUUUCUAGGUGGAUAUCCUGCCACGGGCUCGUUCUCUCGCACUGCUAUCAAAGCGAAAUCGGGGGUGCGCACCCCUCUGGCUGGCGUCAUCACUGCUGUUGUCGUUCUUCUGGCCAUCUACGCGCUGCCGGCUCUGUUCUACUAUAUCCCCAAAUCCUCCUUGGCUGCUGUGAUUAUCCAUGCAGUGGGGGACCUUGUCACGCCACCCAGUACAACCUAUCAAUUUUGGCGUGUGUCUCCCAUUGAUGCAAUUAUCUUCCUUGUAGGUGUUAUUGUCAUCAUGUUCUCGACCAUCGAGAUCGGAAUCUACUGCACCAUCUGCGUCUCUCUGGCAGUACUCUUGUUCCGAAUUGCCAAGGCUCGCGGAAAUUUUCUCGGUCAUGUCCAGAUUCAUUCUGUCAUUGGUGAUCAUCUGCUGAACGAAAGAAUGGAUAUAUCCAAGCUGCACUACGAAAGCACCUCGCCGCGGAGCAUCUACCUGCCAAACACACAUGCGGACGGUUCCAACCCCCACGUCAAGAUCCAGCAGCUAUCGCCGGGCAUCUUCAUUUACAGACUGUCGGACGGAUUCAACUAUCCGAAUGCAAACCACUACACAGAAAACCUCGUCCAGUACAUCUUCAAGACUACCCGUCAGACGAGUCCAAAGACAUCGGGAAGUCCGGGCGAUCGACCGUGGAAUGACCCAGCCCCAACAAGCGUGCAAUCCAAAGAACAAGAGGCCCUGUCUCCUUUGCCGACUCUCCGAGCUAUCAUCCUCGAUUUCUCCUCAGUGAAUAACGUCGAUGUGACAUGCGUGCAAAACCUGAUCGAUGUCCGCAACCAACUCGACCGCUACGCUGCUCCAGACCGCGUCCAAUGGCAUUUCGCCCACAUCAACAAUCGGUGGACGAAACGGGCUCUAGCGGCGGCAGGUUUCGGGCUCCCGGCACCAGGAUCUCCGAGUGGAGUGCACAAGUGGAAGGCCAUUUUUGACGUGGCGGAGAUUGACGGUGACCCCACUGCCAUCACGGAUCAGCCUCUUCUUCAACCGGGGCCUGAAGAUGCCGAGAUUGGGCUGCAGACAAAGCAGUACCCGCAGGCUACAGAGAGCGAUGUGCAUCAGAGUGAGAAUCUGUCGGACUGGAAGAGUCCCGAAGAGAAUAUUAAGGCAGGCCAGGGAUUCGAUAGCAAGGCAUAUCGCAGACGCAGUCCACAUGGGGUGUCCGUGGUUGACGGGAUCCGUCGGCCGUUCUUCCAUGUUGACUUGACUAGCGCUCUUCGGAGUGCCAUGUCUAAUUCUGAGUCUAGUGGAUAGCUGCAGGGGAAUUAUACUUGGUGUUAUUUGGUUUCUGUGUCGGUUUAUCAGUCAAUGUCUGUUUAAGACGUAGAAAUGGAAUAUGCGGCUAUAUCUACGGGAGGGCUUUUUGUUGGAAAUAGGUUACGAUCUUUCCUUUCUUGGUUUAGCUCUCGUUCUACCCUUCUGUGCUAAUUCUGAAGACAUUGGUGAAAUUAUUGGCCUGUUUGUUUAGUGAUAAUUUCAGAAAAAGAAAAAAAAUUCCAAAUGAAAUGCCUGCU